UUUUACUCUCAGGUUGCCGUUGCUUCGCUCUGUAACCUGUUUUUCCUUUUGAUUCAGAUGAUGUGAAGACUAAUGUGUUUUUACAGCGCUCUUCGACGACUACACAAAGAAUUGUGUGCCAAACAGAAGGAUUUUCGUCCAGAAUGAAGUUCAACAUUUUCUUUAUCUACUUACCUUUAGUUCAUUCAGAGAGACACAGGUUUAUGACUACAUACACUGGAAUAAAUGGAACAACAAUUGCAGGAAUCCCAGAGUUUUCUGCUGUAACUACACUGGAUGAUCAACAGAUGGAUUAUUAUGACAGUAACAUAAUGGAACUGAUUCCCAGAAAGAACUGGAUGAAGGAUUUUGCAUCUACACACAUGUGGAAACAAGACACUAAGAUCAGAAAACAUGUGCAGCAGAUCUACAAAAACAACAUUCAUGUUGUAAUGGAGCGAUUCAGUCAGUCACAUGGUGUUCAUACGUAUCAGAGGAUGUAUGGAUGUGAUUGGGAUGACAAGACUGAAGUCUUACAUGUGUUUGAUCAGUACGGUUAUGAUGGAGAGGAUUUCAUUUCUCUGGACCUGAAGGAGCUCAGAUACAUCACACCUGUACCACAGGGAUUAUCCACAGUACAGAAGUGGAAUAAUAACAGAGCACAGCUUGAAUAUCUGAAACAAUACUAUGAAGAUGAAUGUGUUUACUGGCUGAAAGAGUUCUUGACAUUAGGGAAAGCAGAUUUAGAGAAAAAAAUAGCUCCUCAAGUGUCUCUGUUACAGAAGGAUCCCUCUUCUCCACUAGUGUGUCAUGCCACAGGUUUCUACCCAUCAGGAGUCACUAUUACCUGGUUAAGAAAUGGAGUGGAUCACCAUGAGGAUGUGGAUAUCAGAGAGCUUCUGCCAAAUGAUGACGGGACCUUCCAGAAGACAUCUACCAUUCGUAUAACUCCAGAUGACUGGAAGAAGAACCAGUACACUUGUGUGGUGGAGCACAUGGGAGAAACCAUAAAGAGGAUUCUGACUGAGGAUGAGAUCAAGAGCAACAACAGACCUAUACCAUACUUCACAAUACUGGUGUGUGUGAUCAUAGUCCUGGUUAUUGGUGCUGCAGUCUGGAUUAUUCACAAAAAACGACUGAGCAGGUAUUAUAAAUUUAAGCCGGUACCCUGUGAAAGUGAAGAGGAGGUUUACAUCGACAAAGGUCUUUGAAGAGUUUCCUGUUUCCGUCUGCACAGACUCCAGAUCUUAGUCUGGUUUCAGUCCAGAUUUCAGUCUUCAGGAUGAGGGAGAUCAGAUGAUUUCCAGCAAGAUCGUGUGACCAAAACACAUUUCAAUGUUGAACAAUAUAACAUGUUUUAUGAAGAAUGGACUUCAUGGAAUUGUUUACAUGUGAAGGAAAAGAACACUGUAUAUGUGUGGUGUCGAGUCUGUAAAAACACUGGAGAUGCGUCGCUGUAUAAUCAGCUAAAGAACAUCCAGAAACUGUCUGGAUAUGAAAGCCACUUGCACUUAUAUGUAUAUAUUUUAAAUUAAAAAGUCACUUUUUUGUAUAUGUACAGUUUACUUAUCUUUAAUUUAAGUUUUCUGAUUACUAAUAGUUUGACAGAGUUUGUGAGUUUCAAAUGGGAAAAAAUUAACUCAAACAAUUAAGAACAUGUGCAGUUCUUUUUUUUUUCAAUAAAACUCGUAUGUAAGAAAAUAUAAAGCUGAAAAUAGUAAAAGUAUAUGAAGUAUGUGUAAAAUUGGAAAAAAUCUAAUAUCUUGCAAUUGUGACAUUUUAAAAUGGCAAAUGUAUUUAAUAUUUAUUUAUUUUAUUGCUUUUUAUCUCACAAUUUACACUUUUUGUCUCAGUAUCCUGAGAUUCAUUCAAUAAGUAAAUAAACAUAUUUUUUUAUUGUAAUCACUAUACAGUCUAAUAGCUUCACUUCUUUUUGCUGCGGAGUCACUGAUUUUCUCAUUAUACGAGUACACUGGCAUUCAAGUAAGUUUAUACAUGUGUUCAAUGAGUUCUUUGUUAAUAGUCUUAUCUUUUGACAGCUGCUGUUGUCCACAACAAUAAAUGCAGUAUGUCUUUUCA